UUUGGCCUCCAAGUUUGGAUUAAGUAAGGAGUGCAAUAUUUGGUGAGUUUUUACAGUUUCAAAUUUCGGCCAGGAGGUACGAAAUGAGAAAUCGGAUGCAGCCUUUGAAGCAACCCUUCCAGGUAUGAACGUUAAACACGCAGAAAAAAAUACUGUUGGUUACCACCGGAUGCAGCGUACCUUUUCGCCACUCGGAUUGGUGGGAGCUCAGCACCGGACGCCCUUCAAGACCGAGAAUGUCAUCCGGAAAGUCUAUUGGCCUCAGGGUGCUACUUAUCGAACGGCAGGAAGUGUUGAUUUUCAACUUCGGCGAAAAUACGACGGACAAACAUUGCCAGUUGUUAUGGAUCUUUUUUCCAUCCAACCCGACCGAGGUACAGCUAGUAUGGAUCUAGACCUGGAUCAUCCACAUCAUGCCCGUUUUGGGUUCGACUCGUCACGGAUGUGUGGAAAGCGAUGAUUGGAAUGGAGAAGACAAAAGAACAACUUCCAUCGCAAUUUAAGGUGAGAAUUCGAAAUGUUGAAAUCCACCGGAUGCGGCCAAGGAUUUCGCUGCUGGGAUCGGUGAAAGUCAGUUUACAUCGAACGCUAUCCAUGAGCAAGAACGGCGACGGAAAAUAAAAUUAUUUCCUUGAAGUUGUUUAAUUUUAUUUAAGUCGAUCUGAAAUUUCACUUUUUUCAUCAAAUAAA